AUGCCAGUCACAACCGUUUUAUCUGUCAAUCCAAAUACCGAUUGCCAUAGGUUAUUAGAUAUCCAUCGAGGCAGCAGUGUCGUUGGCCUGUCCGAUUUAAAGAGAUACUUCCACCAUUAUGGGUAUCUACCAGCAACUGACAAGAAUUUCACAGACAAUUUUGAUGAUCAGUUUGAAUCAGCUGUCACUCUAUACCAGUCGAAACUUGGGUUGCCUUUAACCGGCAGACUCAAUUCCACUACUCUAUCUCAAGUUAUGUCACCAAGAUGCGGCGUGCCUGAAAAUCAUAAUCAUAAGCUACACACAAGUAAACACUACUCGCUAGCAGAGGGCCGACCCACUUGGAAUCAUUCCACGCCAAUGACGUUAUAUUACGCAUUUUCGCCAAUUCAUAUGAUCAAUUACGUAAAACUAUCAGACAUUCGUGUUGCCUUUAGGCGGGCUUUCUCGAAAUGGUCUUCAGUUAUUCCAGUAAAUUUUACAGAAACUCAAGAUUAUGAGCAUGCUAACAUCACAAUCGGUUUUUAUGAUAAAGACCACGGGGAUGGGUUUCCAUUUGAUGGGGUGCUUGCACAUGCAUUUGGUCCGGGAUUAGGCAUGAUACAUUUUAAUGCGGCAAUUACUUGGGCAGUUGAUUUCCGUUCAGAGAAAUCACAAAAGGCCUUUGAUUUGGAAUCCGUGGCGACACAUGAAAUCGGGCAUGUAUUAGGCUUGGAUCAUUCAUCUAUUCAUGAAGCUGUGAUGUGGCCUUCCACACCACCUAGAACAAUAAGUGCAGGCUUAACUUUAGACGAUGUCACUGGUGCUCAAGCUCUCUACGGCUCAAACCCAAAUUUUAAUUUAGACUCUUUGAAAGUAAAAAACUCUGCUGGUAAGUCUUUUGGUUCAAGAGAAAUCAUUACCAUUUCUAUUUCUCUUGUAGUUAAAGCUUUGUUUUUAUAAUCUCUAGUAGCACAAUA